AUGCUUGGAAAAGAUGAAGAAAGUGGCUUCUCAAUGACACUAGAAACCGAAACAUGUACAACUAGGGUUGUUAACUAUGAGAAUCAAGGUGGAAAAUGCAAUGCAGGAGAAGUGGAAGCUGCAAGCUACUGGAAUAAUCUUAAUGAAGACAUUGUGGGGUUUAUAGCAAAUAAACUUCAUGGAUCAGAUUAUAAGCAUUUUCGUUCAGUGUGCAAAGGAAAUAGAGCGAUAAUGCCUACAAUAAAAGCGGCAUCGUAUUUAUCUCCAUGGCUCGUGUUCUCUAGACACCAAGACUACACUAUCUACAAUGUCUUAAACCCCAUGUAUAACAACGAUAACUACGCUAUCAACCUCUCUGAUCUAGCUGGGUGUACAAUUUGUUUUCAGAAGGGCGGUUGGCUACUAAUAACGAGAAGGGAAAACAUGUUUUUCUAUAAUCCCUUCACACGAGAGACGGUGAGACUUCCAGACAUUGAUAUAAAAAGAGGUGAUUUUUAUUCAGUCGUAUGUUUUUCUUCUUUGCCGACUUGUUCAGACUGCAUAGUUUUCGUUAUGGAUGAAAAGAUCGAAACAUUCUGUAUCAAUUUCAUUAGAAGGGGAGAAUCACAUUGGAGUUCUUGUAUCUUUGAUAAAACUCAUAUCGGAGUGAAAACUUCAGUCCUCAACACCGCCGUUUUUCACGAUGGGACUUUCUUUUGCGUAAAUUAUCUGGGAACUAUGGAUGUUUUUUCUGCAAAGGAUAAGAGUUGGAGAAAUCUUGGGAAACCCCAUGAGCAAUUUGAUAACUAUAGUUUCAAGGUUACUUAG